AUGUCGGUAGCAACAUUAAAUAAUAUUCGAUUACAAUUAGGUCAUUGUGUUAUACCGAUAUUUCUUGGGCUUGGUAAUUUUGGUAAUUUAUUUACAACAUGGAUAUUGAUACGCACAGUAAAGCAACGAGCGAAUUCAUGUGCACUUUAUUUACUUUGUGGAUCACUUGCGAAUUGGUUCGUCAUUGAUACUGUGCUUGUUUCAUACUUUUAUGGUCUGGAUCAUACUGAACCUAUACAUUUAUCAAAUAUUUUAUGUAAAUUACGAUGGUAUGGAGGAUAUACUUUGUUUAUGGCAUCACGAUGCUUCAUGAUCGCUGCAUGUGUUGAUCGAUGGGCACUUUGUUCACAGAAUAUUAAGAUUCGAUCAUUUUCUCAACCAAAAACUGCCCUUCGUGUCAUUUGUUUUAUUAUCAUAGGUUCAAUGCUAGUGAAUAUUGCUUUGCUCUUCUUUUUCAACAAUAGUUCAGGUCGCUGUGCUGUUAAUCCAUCAUAUAAUUUAGCUUAUACAAGUUAUACUCUUGCGUUCAUCGGAAUUCUUCCUCCAUCGUUAAUGAUUUUAUUUAGUGUUCUUGCUCGACAUAAUUUAAGAAUGAUUCGAUCACGUGUACAACCUAUUGAUGGUGACAGAACUCGUGGUAUUCAUAUACAUAAACGUGAUCAUGACUUGAUCAAAAUGUUAUUUGGUGAAGUAUUGGUUUUUUGUUUAUCAACAUGUCCAUUUCCAUUCAGUGUAUUAUAUAACUUUAUAACAGCUCCAAUUACAUCAGAUAAAACUCCAUUACGAGUGGCUAUUGAAACAUUUAUUAACUUUAUUAUUCAACCUUUAUUAACCUAUACUUAUUGUUGUACUCAAUUCUACGUAUAUGGAUUUUUUUCUGAAAAAUUUCGAACAGAUUUUUUGGAGAUAAUUCAUCUGCAACGAACAAAUCGUGUUAAUCAAGCAACAACAGUACAAACAGUUGGUCCUAGAGAAAGAAACUGA